AUGGAGGGAAGACUGGAAGGUAAAAUAGAUUUUCUUGCUGCCAGACCAUUAACAUCUGAAGAAACAUCUGAAAUUUUAAAAAGAGAUUUGAUAUACACUAUUCUUGAAAAGAAUGAAGAUAUUUCUCGGGCAAUUAAAUCCCGUGAUGUGUCAUCAAGAGAAAGUGAUAAAAAGAGGGGGCACCUGGAGGCUUUGGAAGAAGGGGAAAUGAGCAAGAUGGGAAACUUUCAGCGACAGCUAGCAGAGGCUAAGGAAGAUAACUGCAAAGUCACAAUCAUGCUGGAGAAUGUACUGGCUUCUCACAGUAAGAUGCAAGGAGCUCUGGAAAAGGUGCAGAUGGAAUUAGGGCGGAGGGAUUCAGAGAUUUCUGGCCUCAAGAAAGAGAGGCUUCUGAAUCAACAGAAAGUAGAGAAGUUAGAAGAAGAAUUGAAUGAAUGGCAAUCCAGACUCCUUAUUGUAGAAGCCCAGCACAAUAGUGAGGUGGAACCACUACAUAGUGCAUUAGAUGUGUCUAGAGAAGACAACAGAAAGCUUGCUUUGAGCUUGGAACAGGCUCUACAGACUAAUAACCACCUCCAAAAAAUGCUGGACCAUAUUCAAGAGAAAUUGGACAACAAAGAAGUUGAGCAGCAGACUUUUGAAAAUUAUAGGGACCAGGUAGCUGAGGAAUCCAAAAUGCAAGCUGAGAUGAAUGCUGAACGUAUAGAUUCUUUGAAAAAACAGUUUCAGUCUGAGAGAGACACUGCCAGGAAAGCUGCACACCGGGAGAUAAAUGAGCAAAUAGAAAGUGAAUUGAGGCAAAUGGAGCUAAUUAAGGAUCAAUAUCAGAAAAAGAAUUUUGAACAGUCAUUAAGUAUCCAGAAAUUUGUGGCUGAAAUGGCCACUUUACAGCGGGAAAUGCAGAUAUUAGCAAAAAGCCAACAUGAUUCCUCAGCACGAAAUAGGCAACAAGAACUGCGAAUAGAGGCAGAACGAAAAAUGAGACAGGAGUGGGAGGCUCGGUGCCAGGUAAUGGAAGAAACAGUCAGACACCUGAGAAAAUGUAAAGAAGUAACAGAAAAUAAACUGAAAGAAGUCAGUAUGGAAUCGGAACAGAUAACAUCUAACCUAGAGGAUGCCCACCGCUGGUUCAAGUGUAAAUUUGAUGGCCUGCAACUAGAGCUCACCAAAAACCGGUUACAGAGGCUUCCUCCAGAAGACAGGUGGAAGGAGGAGGAUGGGGCUUCAAGGUAUAAUAAGAUACCUGCUCAGUCUGCAUUGCACCGCUGGGAGACUAAACAACAGCUUAGAUAUAUGUCUAAGAGGUACCCGUCAGAGAUGGACAGGAAGUGA